ACCACUUUCAAUAAAUGACAAAACUAUUCAAAGCUGAAAAGAUCUUUAUAUAAGAGAAGAAAUCGAAGCAUGUAAAGACGUCGAUAUGUCCGAGUGGUUAAGGAGACAGACUCGAAAUCUGUUGGGUUCGCCUGCGCAGGGAAAGAGGGUUGCUGUGUUGCUGAGGAGAGCUUGUUAUGAGCAAUCUGUUACUAUGGUGCAAAUGAUUCAUUGGGUUGUUUCAUGUUUGUGCUUAGCAACAAUGGGAGAAAAGAAUGGUAGAGAUACAAUGGAGCUGAUCAUGUACAUGAGGAUUUGCACAGUGGAUGGCCUUCUGUUUAAGUGGACUUUGCAUGAUCAUGGAUUAUUGAAUUUGUGGAAUUCAUCUAGCAACUCUUUUUUUCUCUCAGAGGAUAAGACUUUUGUAGUCACUGCUGUCAGAAUGAAAAAGGAACUUGAGUUCGAUGAUUAUUGCUGUACACGUCAGCCUAAAUUGCUUUCAUCAAUUUAAGGUGUGUUGCUGUUGGCCUUCACCUUUCCCAAGGAUUCUGUUACCAAGUACUGGUACGCCAAUCCCCUCUGCUCCAAGACAUUUCCCCUCGCCCACUGCAAUUCUCUUCUUUGGAUCCAGAUCACCUUUAUAUUGUUAUGACAUGUUCUAUCUUACAAGCAGAGAGAUACAACAUUCUCAUUCCUGACUGUUUUUAAUCUCCUAGUAAGUUAGCCAACACUAUUCACAAAGUUGUAGUCCCUGAUUCCAGCUCGAGGAAAAGAUGUAAAGAUUUUCACUGAUGAGAAAUUCACUAGUCUUUCUGCAGAUUUGUAGAUGACAAGGACGUAAAGGGUCAUGAAACUAGAAAUCUGUGGGGAGAAGCUACCGCCAGGUUUAAAAUGAAUCCAAUUCAGUUUGAGAAGGUUCGCCAUAUAGAUGUCAUUUUGUUUAUUACACCUUGUCAUUCUUUUCACGGAAUUUAUAAAUAUAUGCAUGUUUGGGUGGUAUCAGUGGUAAGAAAUUGAAAGUUGCAAGUUGUUGCAAAUUUAUCUGAAGUUGCAAAUUGUUGACACUACCUUUCAUUUGACUGCAUGGUACCAUGAUCUGUUGUUAUUAGACUCGCAUAUCGUACACAGGACCAAUUAUAUCACAGGUAAAAUUUUGAGAAACUGCUGCUAGCUGUUCUUUUAAAAUUCUUAUCUAUACAAUAAAUAUGAGAACCUUGGUUGUCAUACUUAAAAUUUGAUCUUUCAGAGUUCACAAUUUACUUGUAUUUCUAUUGUCUGUGAAAA